CUAGAACUUAAUGGGUAAUACAUGAGAUCGCAUGCAGUGUCUUAAGAAAGAUGAAUCACUUGAGAAGAAGCCUUCUAAAAAAGAAAGCAAAAAACGACGUAAAAUGAACAAGAAACUUAUGACAGAAGAUAUAAGAAUGGGGAAAUUAGACUCUGCUUCCACAAAACUUAGCGAGAAUUUUAUGACAGAGUCAGCCGACUCUUCAAAGCAAAGUGUAGCUGUUACACUCAAGAGCUUUACUGUAGUUAAAAUCAUUGGGGAAGGCGCCUACGGAAAGGUUUACCUAGUCAAAUAAAAUUGAUACAGGAAUUCUUUACGCCAUGAAAGUCAUUAGAAAGUCAGGUAUUUCGAGCAGAAAAGACAAGGAACAAGUUCUAACUGAAAAGGAUAUUACACAACAGAUUGAUAGUCCCUUCAUUGUGAAGUUGCAUUUCUCGUUCCAAUCUGAAACAAAAUUUUUCCUCAUACUGGAUUUCAUGGAUGCUGGAGACUUAUGCUAUCAUAUAGUCCACAAGCGGAGAAUUAAGGAGCCUCUGACUACAAAAAUAUCUGCUCAGAUUUUACUUGGAUUAAAAUGUCUUCAUGAAAACAACAUUCUAUACCGAGACCUUAAACCUAUGAAUAUCUUGCUUGAUCAGGAUUAUAGAGUGAAGCUUACUGACUUUGGACUCUCAAAGAAAGAUAGGCAGGAGGAUGCUCCAGAGUCGAGGCAUUCUAUCUGUGGUACACUCCAAUAUAUCGCCCCAGAAGUCGCUCUUGGGAAAGAUUACCAUUUUGCCAUCGACUGGUGGUCAUUUGGAGUUAUACUUUAUGAAAUGAUCUCAGGAAAACUACCGUUUGAUAGCAACGAAAGAAAGAUAAUAGUCCAAAAGAUUAUCUCCAGCAAGAUCAAAUUUGGAAGAAGGUUUACCCCACAAGCUCAAGAUCUUAUUUCAAAGCUCUUAAACACUGAUCCAGAUGAAAGACUAGGAACAAAGGGGGCGGAAGAAGUAAUGGAGCACGCUUUCUUCAAAGAUAUAAACUGGGAGGAGUUAGCCACCUCUAAUCCGGUAUCAAAGCGCCAAGUGAAGAUCCCCAAAGGACACUUUAAGUAUUGCUAUGGCAACUCUGCUGAGAGCUCAGUCCUGAGCGACAAGGGUCUAACAAAGCUUGAUCUCUCUAAUUUCACCUUCGUCGAGGCUCUUUCUGAAGAAGGGUCUGAAUCUCUCUCAUCAAUGGGAAGUUUCUAAUUUCCAUAAAUUUAGCUAUUUUCAAUAAUA